GGACUAUUUUUUCUUCUGUUGCUGUGUGAUGCCUCAGGAGAGGGGCAUAUACCCAACCUACAUAUGCCCAAAGAUUUUGUGACAAAGUAGAAUGUACAGGAUAAAUAAGGACCAAUUUGAAUUGCAAUAUUUGUAAUAAUUCCAAUCCUACAAUUUUAAAAUGACACCUAUUGAUAACACGUUUUCUUUCUCUCAAAUACAGCUGUGGGAGAACAAGCUGAUGCAGUCCAAGGCUGUAGAUGGGUUUCAUUCAGAAGAACAGCAACUUUUGUUGCAGGUUCAGCAGCAGCAACAGCAGCAGCAGCAUCAUCACCACCAUCAUCAUCACCAUCCACAACCACAGCAGACUGUGCAGCAGCAAUCCCAGACACAACAAGUCCUUAUUCCUGCAUCCCAGCCAGCACCUCAGCAGCAGGUUAUUGUGCCAGAUUCAAAGCUGAUACAGCACAUGAAUGCAUCAGGCAUGAGUGCAGCUGCCACAGCAGCUACCUUGGCUUUGCCUGCUGGUGUUACUCCUGUUCAGCAGAUACUUACAAAUUCAGGCCAGAUCCUGCAGGUGGUUAGAACUGCAAAUGGAGCUCAGUAUAUCAUUCAGCAACAGCAGCCAGUGGUUCUACAGCAACAGGUUAUACCACAGAUGCAGCCGGGUGGUGUACAAGCUCCUGUUAUACAGCAGGUUUUGGCUCCUAUCCCUGGAGGGAUCUCCCAGCAGACAGGAGUGAUUAUUCAGCCGCAGCAAAUCCUAUUUACAGGGAACAAAACACAGGUCAUACCCACAACAGUGGCAGCUCCUACACCGGCACAAGCACAGAUUACUGCUGCCGGUCAGCAGCAACCACAGCAACAGGCGCAACCACAAGCACCACUUGUACUCCAAGUUGAUGGAGCUGGAGAUACAUCUUCUGAAGAAGAAGAAGAUGAGGAAGAAGAUUAUGAUGAUGAUGAAGAGGAAGACAAAGAAAAAGAUGGAGGUGAAGAUGGCCAGGUUGAAGAGGAGCCCCUUAAUAGUGAAGAUGAUGUGAGUGAUGAGGAAGGACAAGAGCUGUUUGAUACAGAGAAUGUUGUCGUAUGUCAGUAUGAUAAGAUCCAUAGAAGUAAAAACAAGUGGAAGUUUCACCUCAAAGAUGGCAUAAUGAAUCUCAAUGGAAGAGAUUACGUAUUUUCCAAAGCCAUUGGAGAUGCAGAAUGGUGAAGUUUUUAAAACAAAAAACUAAAAAAAAGAAAAAUCAGAAAAGGUUGAGACUUGGACAUAAACUUCAACCAAAACUUAUGUCUGCACAUCAGAAAAGAACAGUACAAACAAAACUACCGCAGCAAAGGUAGAACGUGGCAACAUAGACACUACUACAAAUGGGCAAGCCAUGGGACUGUAGCAGCUAGCAUUGUCUGGGAUACCUUAGGGAUAUCUUAAUUAUCAAUUCUAUAUACAGGUACCUGCAGCUGGUAAUUAGCAUGUAAGGCUUUGUCUCCCCCUUCCUCCCCUUGGGUUAAGGUUUUAAAAUUUCUUCCACUGAACUGAAAGAACUCUUCCCUUUUGAUAUACUCUUAGUCUGACAAUGCUUAUGUGAACACACAUCUUUGUUUUGAACACUUCCUUUUGGUAGUGAGGGUGGUCAGAAUAUUGUUUGAAUGGCAUGCAGGCUUUGUACAGAAGAGUAAGAAUUAAGGUGAUACAUUUUAAUUAUCUUGUAUAACAAAUAUUUUUAAUUCUGCUAUAGUCAUGUAUAAUUUUAACUACAGUUUUUUCUCAGUUCUUCUCCCAUAAACAAAUUCUCAUGCCUAGCAGUUACAAAAUGUAAAAUGAUUACUUAUAUUUUCCAGCCAUUUCAGUUUGACACAAAUUACUCUUCCUUUGAAAAGUGCUGAGCACCUGUAGCUCCUUCUGAAAAAUCAAACCACUUACUUUAUUUUUAAAUAUAUUCUUAGCAUUUGAAGUGGUUCAGCCUGAUGGAGCUCAGAGGACUCUGUGGUAACUUUCCUUCAUUUCUUUAAAAGAUCAGGGUCUUGGAGACCUUGCAAAUGAAAACUCCAGGUAUUGUGAUCUUAGUGUGUGCAUUCCUCUCACCACUUACAACAUUUACAACCCAGGCAUCCAUGAAUACUGUUGGACAAAUACUACAGGAAUGACUAUAAAUUGGGUAACGGAAGGUUUUAUAAUACCUUAGCUGAAGUUCUGCUAAUCAGGAAACCGAGUUUAAUUGUAAAAUACCCCGUAAUUUUUAAGUAUAUUCUUAUUGACAAGUUAAGAUGUGUUGCAGGUAAUCUGUUUAAAAUCUCCAGGUGACAUGCAAUUUUGGUGGGUUUUGUUUGCGUUCUUUUUAAAAGAAAGCAUCAGUGAGGAAAUAGUUUAUUUUGUUAGAGUAAUGUAAGCAAAAAAUUAAAAUAGUGUAUCUUAGUAAUGCAAAAAUUAAGUCAGCACAUAUGCUGAACCCUAACGUAAUUUCAGUGGUCUGAAAAGGACACGUCAUAAAUAGCAAAAGGCUUUUGCUGUUGAGGGCAAACACAUCUUUUCUUCAUGUGGUGGUUCUACUUGCAAUCAGGCUUUCAGGAAUGGCGUCCCUGCUGCAGCGGAGAAGAGGGAAUUGGAAUUAUAGAUCAGACAUUUCCAACGAAGGAAUGAGCAUGCUUUAUGUGGCUUCCCAUUACAACUUAAUAAUGUUCUUACUAGCUACCUGAAAAGCAAUGAAAAGAAGGCACAGGAAGGCAAAUUUAACUCAAAUUAGGGAGAACUGCAGAAGCAGAGACUUUACCCACUACUUCUUGGCUUUUGUUAUUGCAAAAUGAAACUUUUAAAAUUGUUUUUAACGAAAUCACAAGUGUAUUUAAUCAGCACUGUAUAUUAACUGCCUUCUGUUUCCCUUACCUGUCUUUCUUUACUGACCUCCAAGUGCAUUCAUAGUCUCAGUAGCUUAAAGGAAAUUCACAGCACAUUGCAAGGAAAAAAUCUGAGCAGUUACAUAUGUUUUUGCACCUGUGGUGUCACUAAAUAGAAGGAAAUUGUCCUUAAUUCACAUGUAGAGCCAUAUGUUUAUUAGUAAACCACCUGGUCUGCAUACAUUGUAAAUGUCAUUAAAGUUCAAUUUCUGGUGUUACUAACUCAUAGGUAAUUAAUGCUGUAAUCAUUUUAGGAUACAAAUUUGACUCUGGACUUCAAGGUAUCUCAAGCUGAGUGAUGUUUUCUUUUUCUCUGUACAAAGCAGAAAUUUUGUGGGUUUUUUUAAUGUGCCACUGUACUUUUAAAGCCUAUGUGAUUACAGUGAAAUCAAUUACUUAUCAACUAAUUAUUGCCCUUGCUUCUCUUGUUAUUUUUGAGUAGUGUUGAUGGCUAUCACGAGUAGAUUCAUAUCCUUUCAAAUUACUUAAACGUGGACUUAGAACAAAUCCCAUAUGCUGCACAAAUGAACCAAUGAAAUCCCUUUAGCUACAGAUUCCUGUUUAUACUACUGGAACCCAGAUUACUGUACAAGAUAUUUAGUCUUUCUUACAUUUAGAGUCCUUCACCCACAUGUUUAGAGCAGACAUUACAUAGCCUCUAUUUAUUUUAAGGGAUACCACAGCUUUAAAGAUUACUUAAAUUUAGUUAAUCUUGAAGGACGUUUAGAAACCAUCUGUACAUGCACAGUGUCUUGCAAAUUAAUUAUGGUAUGCUUGGCAGAUGAGGGUUUUGGUCUUUUAAUACAAGUACCUGUGAAAACUUCUGAAAGCCAGUCAAAUAUAAACAUACCAAACUGUGCUCUUAUUGCUAUGUCAAGUGUUCCUUUUUUAAAUCAGAAAGCAUGUUUUAAUUUCAUUUUAUUGUAGCAGCUUGCUGUAAGAAUGUAGUUUGCUUAAUUUUAUUAUUGUACUUGAAUUUUAAUCAUGGUUUUAAUGUUGUAAUUGAACAGACCAUUUCAUUAGGUUCCAUAGAAACCAUUCCUUUCAGAGAGCAAGGGAUUCCCAUGUUCGUAGUUUUUAAAUUAUUAAUUUUUUUCCUUGAAAGUAGAAAAUAGACUUUUCAUUUAAAUAGUUCAGUAUUAUGAAGGCAAUUAACGGUUUCAAGAGGGCUUAUGUUUAGAUUUGCACAGAUAACAGAGCACCUUUUUUGACUCUAAGAUGGAUAAAAUGGGGAUGAUAACUUCAUGGUUAAAAUAUUAACCAUGAGGGCUAAUGGAAAAUUACAGAGCAACUGGACAAAGUUGGGAGUCUUGUGCCUUCUCAAUUUGCAGAUAUUCCUGCUUUGUCAGCAUGAUGAUACUUGAGGUCUAUUGGAUUCCUGAGACGGUAGAUGUCCUGCAGUGCUUCAGUCAUAAACAAACAUUUUAGCUCUAAUUAUAUUGGCUUUUUAGUGUGUGCAAUCAUUUAAUAAAAACAUCAAAGUUGAAAAGGAAUAAAAAUGUUGUUUGCUAAGAAGAUAAUAGAGACUUAGUCACAUAAGGAACUUUAUAUUGGACUAUUUAAAUAAAAUUUAUAACUUUAUUCUCUCCUGCCCCCAAUGUUAGUGGCAAAAUGUCUGAGGUUCCAUCCACCUUUUUCCUGCAUUGUAAUUACAAGUUGCUUUUUGACCUGAGUAAUUUUCCUAGCAACAGACCGUGAUUUUACAAGUAUAACUAUUUUCAUCGCAGGUUUAUUCUCAAAGGGAAUAGAUUUGCUUCUGAAGCACAGUUGGUGGAAAAGAGCAAAUAACAUAUUAAAUGUGAUAUAACAGUUUUGUAACAAUGUGUUUUUUUUCUUUUCUAUUUUGAUGCAGUGUAAGAGUCAAGUAAACUUUGCUGGGUUUUAGUUUUGUUUUGUGAAAGUAACUGUAUCAUCCAUCAAUACCCAAAAGCAAUUAUGUUACCAUAAAACACUACCAGGAUAAAAAUUUGUUAUUCCAAUGCAGGAGAAAAAUUAGACCCUUUUCACUAAAGUUCACUUUGAAGUUUGUCUUCCAUUUGAAAAAGUUCCUUUGUUGUUGUUUUGCAGAAUGCAAUAAAAUGUUUUAGACCUGUGGCUUUAGGAUACUGCACACUGUGGAUUUUUAUUGGGUCGCCUUAUACAGCUUUGCAAUUUUUUAUAAAGAUUUAAUUCAGAAUUGUUUCAGAUUUUGAGUUUAGUGGUUACAGAAGAUGGGGAAACUUGUAUGUUGUUACAUUUGUGUCUUUAGUCUUGGUUUCCUAUUAUUCAGAGUGCCUGGGGCAUAUGUACAAGCCAGGCCUUUUUUUCCUGCAAAUCAAGCUACUGUUGCCUACUCUUUUUCGUGGUUCACUUUUUAAAAUUCAGUUUGGAUUGGAUAUUGAGGACAAAAAGGAACUUUUUUAAACAGGAAGAACUAUUUUGGAUUAGCUACGUGUGUAGCCAUCUAAAGUUCACUUGUUCCAGCGUGCAUUGGGUACUAAUAAAAAUAUGGGGAAGGGGAAUAUCCUUUUUUGCUGUUCUGAGCUACUAUUGUCAACUGCUGUUGUACAUAUACUGUUAUGUGUAAGGGGGUAAAUAUAUUUAUUAUGUUUGUAAAAUUCAUUCUGUACAAUUGCAGAUCAAGGUUGCUCUUCUGUGAUAUACAGGAUAUUAUGUUUCAAAGGCCAUGCUUGGAAUACAAUUAGAGAACUUAGUAUUUUGAUGUACUAAGACCUAUUUUAAGUUUAAUAUUUUGCCUUUGCAAAAACUUUAAUUAAAGAUGUUAUUUAAAAAA